CUCUAAGUGAGGUACAAAAUAGAUUAUUUCGGCCUUAGUUAAGACCUAUUACGGGGACCUCUUACAUGGACACGGGUAUAAAGAAAUUCGGGUAUUCUUGAGCGCCGAAGAAUCUACACCCCUUUAUUCGUGACUCACGCCGAAAUAUGUCUUCAUCUUUCUACGGUAGUUAGAAAGUAAGUGAACACAGGUACAAGAUCGAAUAUCGGAUUAGUGACUUCACCUAAAUAAAUAUUGGGCCAAUAAUAAUUGCUAUCCCCGAAAAAACUUGGUGGAGUGAACUAAGCUUGACUUAGUGGCGUUGCUAUCCAUUAUGGAACCCCGCGAUAUUGCCAUACACCCUCGGAUGAAUACAUAGGAGUUGGAGGGGGCAUCGAGAUAGCCACUUAAGCAUAUAUAUAGGUUAUUGGUUCAACCUAGAAGAGAGAUAGUUCCAAGCAGAUUCAUUAAACAGUCUUCUUUCGUCAACAUCAUAUCUACUCAUUCAUAUAUCUUAGUUGACAGUUUUACUACAAGUCAUAAGAAAUAAACCUUCAAAAUGCCCAAGGUACUACUGACUGGCGGUUCUGGGUUUAUUGCCGCCCACGUCCUCGAGCUUCUGCUCAAAGGGGGUUAUGAGGUGGUGACGACGGUCCGCUCCGAGACUAAAGCCUCUCAAAUUCGCGCCAAAUAUCCCGGCGCGAAACUCUCGGUAGCCAUUGUGCCGAACAUCGCAGUGCCCAACGCCUUUGACGAGUUGAUAGCCAACACUCCUGGAAUCGACUACGUACAGCACACGGCAUCGCCCUUCCAUUUCAAGUUUACGGAUGCUCGUACGGAAUUGUUAGACCCGGCUAUCAAUGGCACAAAGGGCAUCCUCCAGGCCAUUGCCAAGUAUGCGCCCAGUGUCAAGCGCGUUAUCGUCACCAGCUCCUUCGCCGCCAUCAUGUCCGAGAGCAAGAUGAAUGACACUACGAAAGUCUUUAGCGAAGCAGACUGGAACCCGAGCACGUACGAGGACGGACUUAAGGGACCUCCCCCCACAUCCUACCGCGUAUCGAAGAAAUACGCCGAGAAGGCAGCCUGGGACUUCGUCGAGCAGGAAAAGCCCGGAUUUGACCUCGCUACUAUCUGCCCGCCUAUGGUUUUCGGCCCUGUCGCGCACCACCUGGACUCGCUAAAAGACAUCAACACGAGCGACCAGCGGUUCGUGGAUCUGAUCCAGGGCAAGUGGAAGGAGGAGAUCCCAACGUCUGGCGUCUGGUUGUGGGUCGAUGUUAGGGAUGUCGCGCUCGCUCAUGUUAAGGCCAUGGAGGUCCCCGAGGCGGGUGGCCAACGCUUUUUUACCACCGCGGGCUUCUACGACAAUGUGCAGCUUGCGCGUGCUGUUCGCAAUGGGUUCCCUGAAUUAGCUGACAAGUUACCUGACGACAACGUCAAGCUCGCCCCGGGUGCUGCGAAACCGGCCGCCACUUUUGGUUACGACAACUCACGCGCUAGCAAGGUCCUAGGCAUCGAUUGGAUUCCUAUUGAGAAGACUGCGGUCGACACUGUCAAGAGUCUGCUGGAUAUCCCCGCUUGAGCGAAUGCGGUUGGUCAAAUAGAUAGAAGGGAAAAGGGGUGCUAAGAUCUUCGGGAUCCGACCCCAUGACGUUGAGGACUUGACAUCUUCUAAUGCGCUAGAAAGUUAUAGACUAUAUCUAGGUAUUAUAUUGCGUAGGAGAA